GAGAAGCCAUCUCUAUCUAGCAAAACAUAAGUAUUUCUUUUUGGGUUUGCAAGAGAAUCCAAAAUGGAGAAGUUUGCUAAAUAUGGAGGAGUUUUGCUAUUUCUCAUUGUGUGUGCCGCUAAAUAUGUAGGUGCAGCUAUUGUUUGGCAGCGUGCCCAUGCAACAUUUUAUGGUGGAAGUGAUGCUUCUGGUACAAUGGGUGGUGCUUGUGGCUAUGAGAAUCUGUACAGUUCUGGUUAUGGGACAAACAAUGCUGCCUUGAGCACAGCUCUCUUCAACAAUGGGAAUGCAUGUGGGGCAUGUUUUCAAAUAGUAUGUGACUCAACACAGGAUCCUCAAUGGUGUUUGAAGGGGACAUCUAUCACAAUCACAGCCACCAAUUUCUGUCCACCAAACUAUGCCCUCCCAAACAACAAUGGAGGUUGGUGUAAUCCUCCAAAUCAGCACUUUGACUUGUCCCAACCUGCUUUUCAGAAGAUUGCAAUUUACAAGGGAGGGAUUGUGCCAGUCUUUUACAGAAGGGUCACUUGCAAGAGAACUGGGGGCAUGAGGUUUACCAUCAACGGACGGGAUUACUUUGAGCUUGUGAUGAUUAGUAAUGUGGGUGGAAAUGGGGAGAUAUCUAAGGUGUGGAUCAAAGGGUCUAAAACUGACUGGCUUGCAAUGACUAGGAACUGGGGUGCAAACUGGCAGAGCAACUCCUAUCUCAAUGGCCAGAGCCUUUCUUUCAGAAUCCAAACAAGCAAUGGAAAAUUCCGAACUGUAUAUAACGUGGUGCCUUCCAAUUGGAGGUUUGGUCAGACCUUCACCAGCUCCAUCCAAUUCUAACCAUUGGAUUUUGAAAACUUCCUCUCUUUACCUCUUUUGUUUUUUUAGUAGAUUUGUAUAGAAUUUGGUUGUGGCUAAAGAAUAAAAAUUG